CGUGCUUCAGUCCAUUGCCUUACCGCCUUCCUCAGUCUUUCACCGGUUACCUUCCUGCAUGUUUGCUGCGGCCUACAUCCUACCUUGUACCUUGUAUUGCACAUCUCGCAGACUAUUCGCUGCCGCGAUGAUCGAGCUGUCGUUGAGACAAACUGUAUUCGCAGCAACCCUGGUGGUGCUUGUCGUACUUUUGUCGUCGAUACAUGUGUGGAACUCAUUUCCAGAAAAGUGGUCUCAAAAAUCUAGGUGGGGUUGGACAGCAGCCCUUGCUACCCUCGUUGCCGGUUUUUUUGUUGGCCUGGGAGUCACGGUCCAGUGCUUGCCCGACUCUGCUCUCUUACCACUGUUGGUUCUAUCAGGUCUCUUUGGACUGGUUGCUGAGUGUUCUCAAUUCACUCCUUUGCUGAAGGGAUACUUCCCAUAUAGCGUCCUGAUUUGCCUCCCCGUACUCGUUGCUCAAGUUUCCGGUGCUGCCCUUUCCCACCUGGACGCGCACCAUGAGAAAGCAAUUCUCAUUGCUCACGCUGGAAGCUCUCUAUUCCAUAUAUCUGGAGCAGCCCUAUUUACGUACGCAAGGACAACGGGAAAGAAAUGGAAGCGCGCUGAAUGGAAGAAUGGUAUUAUGCUACCCUUCGCUUACAUAGGGAUCUCUAUCGCCGAUGGGCUGCUCUUCUUACUUCAUCGUAACGCAGUCUGGCUAGCGCUUGGCCAUACCACGUGCAUAUCUAUCCUUCUUUUUUCUCUUCCAGGUAUCCAGCGACUAGAACAAUAUCGAAAAAGGGACAAGUUUUCUCAUUUGUCAUCAUCUGGAGAUAUUUACGCUGAAAAUAGACUUCCGCUACACAUUCGGAUCACUACAGAUGUCUACACAUAUGUAGAACAUGGCCCAACUACGCCCCCAAACCCCGAUCAAACAGAUUAUGGAAUGUUUACUCGAAAACAUAUAAGGAUUUUGAUGAUCCUGUGCUCCAGCUGGUGUACUUACCUUGGGAUAUCCUCUGUCAAUGGGGAGAAAGAGUGA